AUGUCUCCCAGAUCGAGUCUAGAUUUAGGAAACAACCAUAUAACGCCGUACACCGUGACGAGCGCCAAUGCCAAUGCCGAUGGCGAGGACUCCAGCUCGAUAGCAUCGCUGGAAACUAAAGCUUACAAUGGGAGCGAAAAAACCCAAUCCAAGCUUUAUAAAGCCGAAACGCACAAUUCUUUGAAAGAGCUCGGUGUGAGAAAAGAUGUUCCUCAGCAGGACAUCAACCAACCUCCAGUGGAAAACCCAAUUUUCCCCGAGGAGUACGUCUUGGAAACUGGCACUGGUUUGGUCAAGGCCAAGACUUUGGAGAGUUUGGGAAGGGAACCUAGUGAAAAGAGCAAGAUCAACGACGAGACUGAGUUUGUCACGUUCACGACGGAUGAUCCUGAAAAUCCAUUGAAUUGGCCCAUGUGGAUCAAAUGGCUUUACACUAUGUUUUUCUCCCUUGCCGUCAUUAGUGCCGCUUACGGUUCAUCGUGCCUAUCUGGCGGCUUGUUUACUAUUAACGAUAAGUACCACGUCUCAACCGAAGUUUCAACAUUAACGGUCUCGUUGAUGGUUAUCGGUUUCUGUGUCGGACCAUUGAUCUGGGCCCCCUUAUCGGAACAAAUUGGAAGAAGACCAGUUUAUUUCAUCAGUUUUGGCUUGUAUACCAUCUUCAACAUUCCCUGUGCUUUGUCUCCCAAUAUUGGUGGUUUACUCGUCUGCCGGUUUUUGUGCGGAGUCUUUUCGUCGAGUGCCUUGACCAAUGCAGGUGCAAGUCUAGUCGACAUCCACAGUGAAACCAGAGGUUUGGCAAUUGCAUUCUUUAGUUUCUGUCCUUAUAGUGGACCUGUCCUUGGUGGUGUCGUCAAUGGGUUCAUCAGUGUUGGCACCAAUAGAUUCGACUUGAUGAUUUGGGUCAACAUGGCGUUUGCGGGCGUGAUGUGGAUCGUCUUGAGUUUGAUCCCGGAAACUUAUGCACCAGUGAUUUUGAAAAAGAGGGCCAAGAGAUUGAGAAGAGAGACUGGUAACCAAAACAUCAUGACCGAACAAGAAGCAUCGCCAUUGUCAUUUAAGGAAAUGGUCAAGAUCAACUUGUUGCUUCCCUUGAAAUUCGUUGUUACCGAGCCAGUCUUGGAUCUCAUUUGCGGUUACGUGGCUUUGAUUUACGCUCUCUUGUACGCGUUCUUCUUUGCAUACCCAUACAUCUUCAACAAAUUGUACGGAUUCAAGGAUAACAAAAUUGGGCUCAUGUUGAUUCCCAUCUUGAUUGGUGCAGGGUUGGCAGUGACGACAACACCAAUGUUGGAAAGCCAUUACAAAAAAGUCACCCAUAAAUUGAUUGACGAAAAGAGACCAAUCCCACCAGAAUUGCGUCUUUGGGGUGCCAUGAUUGGAGCUCCAUUCCCAGCUAUCGCCUUGUUCAUUCUUGGCGCCACCUCAUUCAAACACAUCAUCUGGGUCGGUCCUGCCUCUUCGGGUAUUGCAUUUGGAUACGGAAUGGUUUUGAUUUACUACUCGCUAAACAAUUACAUUCUCGACACAUACGCCAAAUACGCGGCUUCCGCGUUGGCGACAAAAGUGUUCCUUAGAAGUACCGCCGGUGCUGCAUUCCCGCUUUUCGUCACUUAUAUGUACAAGCGAUUAGGCUUGCAAUGGGCAAGUUGGUUGCUUGCUUUUAUAUCCUUGGCCAAUGUGUUGAUACCGUUUGCAUUUUACAAAUUUGGCAAAACCUUGAGAGCCAAGUGGUGUAAGGAAGAUUACACUGUUCACAGAGAAGACUAUUAG